AUGGCCGCUUCAAACUCUCUCCCUCAAAUCAAAUCCAUUUUACCAACCCACUUCCUCCUCCCUUCCUCCACCACCCAAUGCUACUCCUUUCCCGGGACUAGGCCCAGGCCCAUCCAAUCCGUUCACGCGGCUGACAACUCCGUCAAUGUAGUGACCAACGGCAAACAGCAGCAAUCGACGCGCGAGGCCAAGUGGGGCAUCGACAGCUGGAAGUCCAAAAAGGCCCUCCAGCUCCCAGAAUACCCGAACCAAGAGAAGCUCCAGGCGGUGCUCAAGAGCCUCGAAGCAUUCCCUCCCAUCGUCUUCGCCGGUGAGGCUCGUGACCUCGAGGAGCGCCUCGCCGAUGCCGCCAUGGGGAACGCGUUCCUCCUCCAGGGUGGAGAUUGCGCCGAGAGCUUCAAGGAGUUUAACGCCAACAACAUCCGCGACACCUUCAGAAUCCUCCUCCAGAUGAGCGUCGUUAUGAUGUUCGGUGGCCAGAUGCCCGUUGUUAAGGUGGGACGAAUGGCGGGUCAGUUCGCAAAACCGAGAUCCGAGCAGAUGGAGGAGAGGAAAGGGGUGAAACUCCCCAGUUACAGAGGCGAUAAUGUAAACGGAGAUGUGUUCGAGGAGAAAGCCAGAAUUCCUGAUCCUGAAAGGAUGAUUAGAGCGUAUAGUCAAUCCGCUGCUACUCUGAAUCUUCUGAGGGCAUUUGCAACGGGAGGCUACGCUGCUAUGCAAAGGGUUGGCCAGUGGAAUUUGGACUUCACAGAGCACAGCGAGCAAGGAGACAGGUACCUAGAGUUUGCUCACCGAGUCGAUGAGGCCCUUGGUUUCAUGGCUGCUGCAGGCCUCACGGUGGAGCAUCCCAUAAUGAAAACAACUGAGUUCUGGACAUCACAUGAAUGUCUGUUAUUGCCUUAUGAACAAUCACUCACUAGGAUGGAUUCAACUUCUGGUCUCUACUAUGACUGCUCCGCACAUAUGCUUUGGGUUGGGGAACGGACCAGGCAGCUGGAUGGUGCUCAUGUUGAGUUUCUAAGAGGAGUUGCUAAUCCUCUUGGAAUCAAGGUAAGUCACAAGAUGGAUCCAAGUGAGCUUGUUAAACUGAUCAACAUCUUGAACCCCCAAAACAAACCAGGCAGAAUAACUGUUAUCACGAGGAUGGGAGCGGAAAAUAUGAGGGUCAAGCUUCCACAUCUGAUCAGGGCAGUGCGCGGAGCUGGACGUAUAGUGACUUGGGUCAGUGAUCCUAUGCAUGGAAACACAAUAAAGGCUCCGUGUGGACUCAAAACUCGCCCCUUUGAUGCCAUCAGGGCGGAGGUGAAAGCAUUCUUCGACGUGCAUGAACAGGAAGGAAGCCACCCAGGUGGGGUUCAUCUAGAGAUGACGGGUCAGAAUGUGACUGAGUGCAUUGGUGGGUCGAGAACUGUCACCUUUGAUGAUCUGGGCUCACGUUACCACACUCACUGUGACCCCAGGCUUAAUGCUUCACAAUCUCUUGAACUUGCUUUCAUCAUUUCUGAACGCCUCCGAAAGCGUAGGAUCGCGUCGGAUCGCCGCAGUAUCUUUUCUCCUUUUCCUUAA